AUGAGUAAUAAAUUAAGUGGAAUUUAUUCAGCUUUAGAUUCUGGUAAUAAUAAACAAUCAUUAAAAUUAUGUAAUGCACUUUUAACAAAAAAGAAGGAUGAAAAUACAAAUAUUGUCAAAGUUUUAAAAGCAAUUACAUUAAUUAAAUUGGGUGAAAAUGAAGAGGCAAUUAAAUGUGCAGAUGAAGUUGCAUUCAUUGGACACUAUAAUGAAACUUUAUUAUCAAAUUUAAAUUACUUUUAUAAAUCAGUUCAACAAGGAUACAAAAUGACCAAAGUUUACGAAGCAUCAGUUAAAGCCUAUCCAAAGAACGAAAAUCUAGCAGAAGGUUUAUUUUUAGCAUAUGCAAAGGUUAGAGAUUAUAAACAACAACAACAAGUCAUACUAGAUUUACAAAAGAAUUUCCCAUCUCAUCAACAUAGUCUUUGGUAUUUAAUGACCAUUUUAUCGAUGGUUCAUGACAACCCUUCAAACCAACUCUUUAUUGGUUUAUCACAAAAGUUAGCAGAGAAAUUAGUAGAAGAAGGUAAAAUCAAAACAAGUGAACAUCUUUAUAUGUAUGAAACCGUAUUGGAUAUUCAAGGUAAAACCAGUGAACAUCUUAACCUUAUUAAAGGCAAAUUGGGUGAACUUUAUAAUGUUGCAACUGAACGUUUAAAGAUUUUAGGUGACCUUAAUCAAAAGUUGGGUAAUCAUCAAGAAGCAGCCAAUAACUACUCUGAAAUCCUUACAAAAUAUGAACCGGAUGAAUGGUCAUGCUAUAUGGGUUAUUUCGAUAACAUUUGGUCACUCAAUGAUAUCUCAAAGAUUGACGAUGCCAAACAAUUCAUUCAAAAUAUUCAAUCACAACAAACCAGUAAACAUUUAUUACGUGGUCCAUUAUUAGCAGAGAUUGAAAUUUACUAUAGAUUAUUGACAACUACCACCACCGCCAAUGGUAAUCCUGCUGCAAACAUCGAUGGUCCAGUCUUUAAUAAAUUCAUAGAGUUAAUUUUAAAUUAUUUCACUAAAUUUGGUACAAAACCAGUACUCUAUUCAGAUUUAAAGAAAUAUUUACAAUUUAUUGAAACUAAAAAAUCCAUUGAACAACGUAAAGAAAUUAUGGAUCGUAUUUAUAAAUUAGUAUCAUUGGAUAAAGAUGAAGCUAAUCAUAUUAGCCAACUUUCAAAUUAUCACAAGUUAUCCAGAGUUUUAGGUUUACAAUUGGAAAUGAGUAUUGAAGAAUCAAUCAAAAUCAUUAAAGAAAUCCUUGAAGAAUAUCAAUACAAUACAAAGAAAUUCCCAUUGGCAAUUGAAUCUGAACGUUAUCCAGGUGAUGAUUUAAUUUUAAUUUGUCAUUUCCUCUUAAUGGAUCAAUAUGAAAAAACCAAACAAGUUUCAUUACUUUUAGAAAGUGCCGCUAUCUUGGAGUUUGCUCAUUCCAUUUCAACCAAAAACUAUCAAUUCAAUCUUUACCUUCUUUCAUUAUACUUUGAAUUGGGCGCACAUCAAUUGGCAAGUAAUCAUUUCAAAAUUUUAAACAUUAAAAAUAUUCAAUAUGAUACACUCGGUCAUUUAGUCGCUGAUCAAUUUAUUCGUGAACCAACUUGUUUCUCCAAUGCAAUUAACGCUUUUGAAAAGUCUGCUAAAUUCUACAAUGAAAAUGAAUCGACAGCUGAUUAUGUUGCUGCUUGUUAUCAAAAUGGUUGUUACAGUAAAAUCACAGAGAUUCAAAAAUUCCAAGUUAAAGUUGCCAACUCUUUCCAAAAAUCAGUUUACGAAACUGAAAGACAAUUAUUUAAUUUCAUGUUAAUUCGUUUUAAAAAAUUACCAAAUGCUAAUUUCACUGCCUCUCAAUUCGUUGAAAUUUGUAAAUCUCAAAUCUCAAGUACUGAUCCAAUUAAUUUCGAUUGUUCAAAUGAAGUAUUGAAUGCCCUUUCAUUCAAUCAUGAUAAUACUAUCUUUGAUAAAUUUAAUCCAACUACCACCUCUAAUUCCGACUCUAUCAAACAAGUUGAAAAUCAAAUUCAAGGUAUCACUUCACUCUAUUUUGAAAAUACAGAGAAAUCAACUCUUCUUUUACAAUUAACCUAUCGUAGACAAAUUUUAAAUAUUCUAUAUUUAAUUUCAACUCAAUCACCAAUUGAUUUAAAUCAAUUUAAUCAAUUAUUAAUUUCACUUGAAUCAACUACAACUAAAUUAAAUUCUAUCAAUUCUCAUAAAAUUGAUAAUUUAACUCGUAUUUCAACUUUAAAUAAUUUUAAAUUAUUAAAUUUAAUUUUAAAUUUAUUAAAAGAAUUUAAUGAAGAGAAAUUAAAACAAGUUAAAGAAUUAUUAGAAUUAAUUAAUAAUGAAAUUACUGAAAUUGUUAAAGUUUUAAGUGAUAAUAUUAGAGAAUCUGUUGUUUUAGGUAAUAGUUUGAAUAGUUUAUCUAGAUCAAGUCGUAUGGUUGUAUCAAGUUUUAUUGAACCAAUCACUUGGUUCUCAUUCAUAGCAUUAUUAGUGAACUCUGCAUUACCAGGUAAAAGAGCAAAGAAGAAAGAAGAAUAUCAUACUACUAUUCGCACAGAUUUAGAAACAUUAGUUAAAAAACUUUCUGAUGAUUCUUUAAAUUUAUCAAAUAUUAUUAAUGAAAAAUCAUUAUCAAAAUUAUCUUUAACUGAAGAUGAUAAUAACAAAUCAACUAUUCUUGAAACUUUAAAUACUCAAUCAAUUGCCAAAAAUGUUUCUGAAAAUUCAAUUAAAUCAGUCACUGAAUUACAAGAAUAUUUAAAUUCAAUGAAAACUUUAUUAACUUUCUCAAUUAAUAAUACUAAUAACACAACAAAUGCCUAA